GGUCACCAGCCUGAUAGUUCCCUGCAAUGGAUGGUUUAAAAUUCAGUGCUCUGGUUUGCUGCUUCAUCAGCAUUGUGCUGCUUGUUAUCGUCCUGACCUCUUCCAAUUGGGUGGAGGCCACUGAACAUGCGGGCCUGUGGAAAAUUUGCAAUGAUACCAUAUGCAACAACUUUGGAAUGCAGAUGCAAGGUUACAUCCACGCUACCCGAGCCUUAUUGAUCAUUGGGCUGGUAAUUGGUACUGUUUCCUUCAUUGAUCUUUGUGCCAUGUUUGGUCCUGCUUAUUUGACCACUGGCUGCUGGACCAAGUUUACAUCUAAAGCUGGCUUUUUUGCAGGUCUUGCGGUCAUAGCUGGUUUGGGCACCUACACUGGAGGCUACUUUGUGAGCGGCAUGGUGGCAGUAACAUCGUUGGGAUGGACUUACGGUUUGGGCUGGGUACCUGGACCUCUCUUCUUUGUAACGGUUUGGCACAAGGAGAUUCCCCCUGAAAGUGAAGAGCCGGACCUGAAAUGGGAGACAAAAAAGCCGAGUGCAAUAUACCAGAUGCUGCAACGGGUGACUCCUUGCCUUCCCGUACAAGAAACCAUUGUGAUCACCCGCAGCAUGCUAGUCACAGCUGCAGUCUGUGCCUGCGCCUCUGUUUUCAUUAUCAGCAUUUCAUUCUACCAAAAUCGCAUCUACACUUUCUCCUUGGGGCGCAUCUCCAGCUUCACCAGUUUUGUUGCAAAUACUCCCUACCUCAUUGUCGGGGUGGGGCCUAGCCUUGGACGCCAGACCCCCUGA